CGUUAAGGGGAAUUCGUUUUUGUUCAUUUGGAAUAUUAUAUCUCUUUCUGAACAGUUUUGUUGUUCCAACGGCUAGUUACACGCUGAAGGACUGCAUGGUCAAACAGAACACACAGGUCAUCUGUCGGAAGAACAGUUUUAAAGUAUUUCCAAAGGACAUUCCAGCAAGAGUCACAAGUAUAGAACUGUCUGGAAACACCAUUUCUACACUCAAUAAAACAGAUCUGGAAAAUAUCCCAAAUCUGUUGCGCUUAGACCUGACAAGCAACAGGAUCUCCAAGAUUGAAUCUGGCACUUUUGUCGUUCAACUCUCUCUUGAGGUGUUAAUUUUAAAGAACAAUAGCCUUUAUAAGCUACAGGAGGGUAUGUUUGAUGGCUUGGUCAAUCUCAAAGAAUUGUAUCUGACUUCCAAUCAGAUCCAAACUGUAGCACCAGCCUCUUUCAAGACUCUGAGCAAGCUUAGGAUUUUGGACCUAGGCUAUAACAAACUGCGCCACUUAACAAACAUCUUACAACAUACACCACAUUUACAAACCCUGUACAUUCCAGCAAACAACAUUUCCACUUUUCAUUCUUGGGAGCUGUCAAAUAAGUCUACAGAACUUGUUAUACUUGAUUUGUCUCAGAAUGAGCUUAGGUUCUUUAGGCUCACUGCAGGUAUCUUUCCCAAACUCAAAACGUUGAACCUUAGGGAUGGUAUAAAGAAUGGUAUCGUCUGGGAGGUGAAUGACACAUCAUACCUUAGAAGCGUGCAUAAACUAGAUAUCAGUGGGGUUCGCUCCUCAUUACAUGGACUGCAGGAAGUAAUAGAGACAUUUAACUCCUCCUCCUCACUGAUUUAUCUGCAGUUAAACAAUAUAAGUAACAGCCUGCAGGCCCUAAUCGAUGUUUCCUGCAAAAUCCUAAAGCUGAGCACUUUUGAAAUCCGAAAUAACGGCAUCAAAGUUAUUAGAUCAGACAUGCUGCACUUGUGUAGUUAUCUGAAAAUAUUGGACUUGGGGAUGAAUGAGAUAACUAACAUCUCUGAAAAUUCUUUUCAAUCUCUUAGGCAGCUUGACACUUUAAACAUAAAGAAUAACUGUCUCAAAUCGGUCCCCAAUGCUGUAAGGAAAACUCAAAUCACAAAACUGGAUCUCAGCCACAAUAACAUCAAUGUUCUUGGCUGUGAUGAUUUUUCCAAUAUGACACGUCUCAGAGUUCUCCAUCUAGACAAUAAUCCUCUUGUAGCCCUCCAGGAUUGUGUUUUCAAAGAUUUGGUCAAUUUAAACGAAUUAAUUUUCCAAAACAGCAGCAUUGAAUUAAACGGCGCCUUCAAAAAAAACACGCCAAAUCUUAAAACUCUUUCUUUGAUAAACAAUGAACUCACUGAUCUAGUUCAUGGAGGAUUUAGAGCUCUGAAUUCCCUCCAGUAUUUGUCAUUAAAAGGGAAUCAAUUACAACAACUUAAAGAUGGGACCUUUUUUGGACUGUCCAGUCUUACACAUCUUGAUCUCGAAUCAAAUAAAAUAAAUGAAAUUUCAAACUGUACUUUUGUUGAACUGAAAGCUUUAAAGACAUUGAAUUUGCGUAGAAAUUGCAUUCAAUAUGCAUCGGUAGAGCCUAUUCUGAAUCCACCAUUUGCUGAGCUUUCAAAACUAGAUACAUUGUACAUUUCAGAUCAGAUCAGAUCUCAUAAGCGGACCAAUUUCCCUCAAAACUUUCUGCAAGGCCUGACAAAUCUGUCAAUACUCUAUAUGCAAACUAACAAUAUUAAAUUUGUGCACCCACACACCUUCAACUAUACUCCUAAUUUGAAUGUGCUUUAUUUGUCUGACAAUUUUUUAACAGACAUUCCCGACAAUUUGUUUUGCUCAAUUCAAAACUAAAAAGUCUUGAAAUGUCAAA